CUGAACAAGUACUGAGGAGGGCUUGUAAUUUUCAAAACGAAGUCUUCAAGAAUUCAGAGUUUCAGAAGUUCCGAUUGGCAAACAAGGAGCCCAAGUGAGAAAUAGGCCCAUUACUAGCCCGCUAUCAUUUUUCUCUCACAAAUCAAUUUCCCGCUAAUUCGUAUUCUGUUUUUUUGGGAGAAGAAAAAAAAAAAAACAGCAGAGAGAAUUUGGGAAAAUGUCAUCCAGCAAUAUGGACGACGUAGAUCGAUUGUUUGAAUGCUUCAAGUGUGGUGUCUCUCCUCCUCAAUCUGCCGUAAGAGAAAGAAAAAGAAACAAGAGCAAACUGAAGCAAGGGAAUGGAAUACAUGAGGUAUCAUCAGCUUCUGGCACACCAUCACCAGGAUCAGCCACGCAACCAAAGAAGAAGAAUGCAACUGAUGCACAGGUUUCUAAAGAGGAACUUGGUUUAACAGUGGUUGGAGAAAAAAACUUUAGUCAUGGGAGGCAGUUUUCUCCUAUUGUGUUUUAUGGAUCUCCACAUGGUGUGCCUCCAAAAAGGCCAAUUAGUUUGUUGCGACUGCUACAUGAAAUACGUAUUGAUCUCGCAGAACAACAAAAAUCAGACUUGAGAAAGGAAGUAUGGGCUACAUUUCCAAGGCAGAAUGAAGCAUUGAACUUCGCAAAGGAGCACGCGAAUGUGCAUGUUUUUAGUUAUCAAGAUCACCAUAAUGGUCAAAGAAGGUUUCUUGUUUCAACAUACAAGGAGUUCUGGAGCAGGUACAAAAACAUGGAUUCCAAAUUUCGCCAUCAUUAUGAAGUGAUUCAGGAGGGUGUACCAUGCCAUCUGUAUUUUGAUUUGGAGUUCGACAAAAGAGAAAAUGCAGAAAAAAAUGGAGACGAAAUGGUUGAUCUCUUGAUAUCUGUCAUUCUAGAAGCAUUUCUAGAAAAGUAUUCUAUUCAAGGAAACCAUGAGUGGAUAGUAGAACUCGAUUCCUCCACUGCAGAAAAGUUCUCACGCCACUUGAUCAUCCGCAUACCGAAGGCUGGUUUUAAGGACAACUCACAUGCAGGUGCAUUUGUUUCAGAGAUAUGCUCUCGGAUCUUAAGUGCAAGGGAAAGAGAUGGAAGAUUUGAAAAACUAUUCAUAAGAAAAGAUUCAAGUGCUGAAUCUACAAUGCAAAUUUUUAUAGAUACUGCUGUCUAUUCUAGAAAUCGCGUCUUUCGUGUGGCUUUGUCAUCCAAGGCAGGGAAGAGCGCCAUCCUUCUACCCACUGGGCGCUUCAAAUGUAAGGACAUGUGCGAGGAAGACAUGUUCAUGGCAUCCUUGAUUUGCAAUAUGGAUACUGAUUGUGAGAAGCUUCUAGUCUGCAAAAUGGACUUGGAUUGUGUGAAGACCCUGCAUUUUGAUACAGAGGAAAACUGUUAUUCUAGAAGGUAUGAUACUUCUCAAGUAAAUUUAUCAACAACAUAUACAAUGGGGAAGUCACCAUUCCCAUUUUUGGACAAUUUUGUAGAAUCUAUCGCCUCUGCUGGAAGUCUAUCGGGGAAAAUCCGAAGCUGGUAUUGGUUUUCAGAGUAUGGAUUGAUAGUCUAUAGCAUGUCAAGAAACAGAUAUUGUGAACGGAUUGGUAGACAGCAUAAAAGCAAUCACGUUAUAUAUGUCAUUGACCUGCGAAGGGCAGUUUAUUAUCAGAAAUGCCAUGAUCCAGAUUGCCAAGGUUACCGAUCUCCCUUGCGACCAAUCCCAAUAAAUUUGAUCCCUGAUCCUUCAUUUGUCCAUGAUUCAGUACAAAUUGCAAAUCAUAUGGGAUUAACAAGUGAUACACCUGACUAUCAAUCUGUUAACAGUGGUUGUGAAGGUAUUCUGCUUUACAACGAUGAGCAUGAUACAGACAGCUGUGCUAAAGAUUCUUGGUGGCUAGAAGCUGCAAAAGUGGCUGAUGAUAUUGAAAGUAAGCAGAAACUAGUGGAGCUUAGCACCCUGCAGAAUGUCAACGAAGAUGACAACUGGUGGAUGGCUGUGGAAAGGACUGCAUCCCAAGCUGAGUUAAUGCAUUUCAGUUAAAUUGCGGGUUUCAGCAGAUGUUUCUAUAUGUUCGUGCUUCAGGGGGGUGGAAGAUCCAGAUAAGACGGUACCAAGACACUGAAGAAGUAUUCCAUGAAAGAAGCAGCAGUAGAUGGCUCUUCCUUGGAUUCCCAUGCCAUUCAAUCUACAACCCUAAAUGGACUUUGAGAUAUCCUGAUUCUUGAUUGAGGUGGUUUCAGUGCCCGACUUAAUUAAGCCUGCCAAUCUGGUUGGGGUUAGGUGUAUAGAUCCCUUCUUCCAAUUCACACAAUUCAUGAAGGUUGCAGAAGUUGCACAUAAGUCAUCCAAAAGCAUUUUUCCCACACGUCUCUAAAUUUGCUUCAGUAAUGAAUCUAAAUAUCUGUGUCAUGUAUUCUGGUGCUACGGAGUAUAUAGCUCUGCUCUUAAAAUAUCUACGUUAGCUUUCCCAAACCAGUCAUUAAUUUGUAAAUAUAGAUAUACCUCCUUGGAAUUUAUGUAUGAUUACUAUUUUGCAUGUUUAUGAUUACAAUAAUUGUAUUUACUACUGCUUUCUCUGCC